AUGGUUGAAUUGUGCCCUAAAAUUCAAAUGGUUGAAGGUAUUGCAAUGCAUGCAGCUUGUGAUGUUGAGACUUUUCGUUCAGCAUUUAAUUACAAAGCACGAUCCGAUGAUAUCUUUCUUGUUGUCUAUCCAAAAUCUGGCACGACAUGGAUGCAAGUUAUUCUGUACGCAUUAAUGAACGAUGGUGAAGCAUUCGACAAUAAUAUGGCAGAAUAUUUUGCUCGUACACCUUUUCUCGAAUUAGUUGGUGAAAAAGGCAUGAAAAACAUGCAUAGACCAUGCGUUAUUAAAAGUCAUUUACCUUUCCAUUGUGUUCCUUAUCAUGAGAAUGCCAAAUAUAUAUGUGUAGUACGCAAUCCAAAAGAUGUAUGCGUUUCUUAUUAUUAUUUUCUCUUGAAACUCAUGGAUAUUCAGCAGGAGCAAACAUCAUUCGAUAACUUUUUCGAAGCUUUUAUCAAUGGAAAUGUUUAUUUUGGUAAUUACUUUGAACAUCUACGUUCCGUUUGGCAACAUAAAAACGAUACUAAUGUAUUUCUUACGUCAUAUGAGGAAAUGACACGUGACUUACCUAGUGUCAUUCGUAAAGUUGCUCAAUUCAUGAAUAUUGAACUCAAUGAUAAAUUACUUGAGCAUAUUGCUACUUAUUCAUCAUUUAGUUAUAUGAAAGAACGGUUUCACAAGGCAUACUCAGCUCAAGCACGUGUUGCACUGGCAGAUGAAGCACUUGAUGCACCCUGGCCUAUUGAUAAAACAAACUUGCAAAGGUGUGAUCAUUGUAUAAUUGUGCGAGAAGGUUUUACCGGUAAUUGGUCUUCAACCAUGAGUGAUGAACAAUCGAAACGUCUUGAUAAAAUCUUUGUUGAGAAGACGGCAGACAUGCCUGGAGUGGAUAAGCUUUUUCUACCAUGA